AUGACGAGCAUAGACGAUCUCUUCAAGAAACCUCUUUCGGCAGCGAGCGGAAAGCGCAAACUAGAGGUUGCACAAGAUCCGAAUGAGCUUUACAAAGCAGCGAAGUUAGACGCGAAUGGCGACGUCAAGUCGAAAGGAAAAGCGCCGAUGGUGGAGGGAGAUGUUGAGGACGACGGCGAGGCUGGUCCGGAACUACCACCUGAUUUCGAUGACGAGGAUAUCCCAGACGAUGAAGAAGGGCGAUUCUUCGGGGGAGGGAUGGAGCGCAAAACAGCCCAGGCAAUGCAAUACAUCGACCAGCAGGAUGAAGGAGAGGCAGCGCCCGAGAAAAUCGAUUCUGCUUGGUUGCGACGGCUGGCCCUCACCUUUGAAAGAAAGAUAUCGAAAAACGCCGAGCUCCGCGGGAAGUUUGAGAAUGAUCCCCAGAAGUUCAUGACCUCGGAAGCCGAUCUAGACACGGAGAUUAAAGGACUCUCAAUCUUAUCCGAACAUCCUGAAUUAUACGCGGAAUUCGCCAAGUUAGGAUGUGUGGGGUCUCUAACAUCAUUGCUGUCCCACGAGAACGCAGAUAUUGCCAUUGACGCAAUCCAGAUCAUCAGUGAGUUGACGGAUGAAGAUGUAGAGGCUGAACAGGAACAGUGGGAUGCUCUCGUCAAUGCAUUGUUGGAUGCCGACCUCAUUGAGCUCCUGACUCAAAAUCUGUCACGGUUGGAUGAAACAUCUGAAGCCGAUAGAGCGGGUGUAUACUACGUGCUCAAUGUGCUGGAAAACCUGGCUUCUCAAACCACAAUUGCGGAAAAGAUUGGUCAGGAAUCCACUGUAUUAUCGUGGCUUCUCUCUCGCAUACAACAGAAAGAAAAUCCAGUCAGUCAAAAUAAGCAGUACUCCGCAGAGGUUUUGGCCAUUCUGCUACAAUCGUCUCCUAAAAACAAAGAAAAAUUCAUUGGCCUCGAUGGUGUCGAUAUUCUACUUCAACUACUGAGCCACUACCGCAAACGCGACCCUGAAAAGGACUCGGACGAGGAGGAGUACGUGGAGAAUCUUUUCGACUGUUUGAUAUGUCUCGUCGACGAAGAUUCUGGCAAGGAGAAAUUUCUGGAAGGCGAAGGCAUUGAGCUUGCUCAGAUUAUGCUGAAGGAAGGCAAAUUCAGUAAGCAACGUGCCUUGCGAGUUCUUGACCAUGCUCUGGGUGGUUUGGGGGGCGGCCCUGCGUGCGAGCGUCUAGUCGAGGUUGCAGGGCUGAGAACAAUUUUUGGAAUGUUCAUGCGAAAGCAAGAGAGCCAGACAAUAGAACAUCUGUUGGGUAUCUUUGCUUCACUGUUACGCCUCUUACCGGGCGGUUCGGCUCCACGCAUUCGUACCCUUGCCAAAUUCAUGGAAAAGGACUACGAAAAGAUUGUGAAGCUCGUGAAGCUAAGACGGGACUACGCUUCGAGGGUGUCGCCGGUUGAACAAGCCAUCGAGGAGGAACGGAAGAACUACACAGACGAAGAGCAAGAAGUCAUGGCUGCAGAAUGGCUCUCUAGACGCUUUGACGCUGGCCUUUUCUCUCUGCAGUUAAUCGAUGUUUUACUAGCGUGGCUGGUGGCUGAGGAUGAUGGAGCAAAGCAGAAAAUCAUUUCACUAUUGGCAGAUAGGGAUGAGGAUCUGUCCAUUAUCAAGGCGACGUUGAGAGAGCAAAUGGAGGGACUUGCAGAUGAUGAGCCUGGGCAAAAGGACCAUAAAGAGAUGCUUGGAACCCUGCUACAAUUCUUAUAG